AUGUCGUCCAAUAACCGUAAAAAGCUCCUUUUGAUGGGCCGUUCAGGUUCUGGUAAAUCUUCUAUGAGAUCCAUCAUUUUUAGUAAUUAUUCGGCAUUCGAUACCAGAAGAUUAGGAGCUACAAUCGAUGUGGAGCACUCACAUCUGAGGUUUCUAGGAAAUAUGACACUAAACCUUUGGGACUGUGGUGGUCAAGAUGUAUUCAUGGAAAACUAUUUUACGCAGCAAAAAGAUCAUAUUUUUCAGAUGGUGCAAGUGCUCAUCCAUGUCUUCGAUGUUGAGUCGCAAGAGAUAAUAAAGGAUAUUGAAAUAUUCACCAGGGCCCUUAAGCAACUGAAGAGAUACUCUCCGGAUGCUAAAAUAUUCGUCUUGCUGCACAAAAUGGAUCUGGUACAGCUGGAUAAAAGACAAGAGUUGUUGCACAUUAUGAUGGCGAAACUGCAGGAAACAUCUGCUGCAUAUGGGUUCCCAGAACUGGUGGGAUUUCCAACUUCUAUUUGGGAUGAAAGUUUAUACAAAGCUUGGUCUCAGAUAAUAUGUUCGUUGAUUCCUAACAUGUCGACUUACCAGCACAAUCUGAAAAAGCUUAAGGGCGUCAUGGAUGCCAGAGAAAUCAUACUAUUCGAGAAAACUACUUUUCUUGUCAUUUGCUCGAGUAAUACAGCCACGGGAGAAAUCUUGGACCCAAAAAGAUUCGAGAAGAUCUCUAAUAUUAUGAAGAAUUUCAAACAAAGUAGCAUGAAACUUAAAAGCUCUUUCAAGACUCUGGUGCUGGACAAUACCAUAUACGUGUGCGAGCUGUCUUCAAAUAUGAUGUGCUUCAUUGUUUUAAACAGAGCAGACGAUCCACAAGAUUUGAUAUUAGGGAACAUUAAAAAGGUCAAAGCAUAUUUCCAAUAG